AUGAUCAGGGGUCCUGAUACCUUCAGCUUCAUCGGGGUCUAUACUGCCGAACGGACAGGUGGAUUGCAAAUCACUGCCUCCAGAGACUUUGACUGCACUUUCACUGCUAGCUCUCUAUCUGCGUCCUGCUCGUUCAGUUAUUCGGCCACGGGCUCCGCCUCUGGCAUAGAGUAUGCAACCUCGACCUCGGCUACUACUUCCAAUAUCCCUUCGGAAUCUGUCACCUCGUACAAAUUGACUGUCAUCGGUGGUGUCAAUUCAUUACAUACAUCUGCAGCUACCACAACUUCCAAUGUAGCCGCUGGUCCUCUCCGACCGUUAAUUACUGCUGCGCCUAUUGGGGCAGCUGCUGUUGCUGUUGCGGGUUUAUUUUGA